AUGGCGACGCAGAUUUCGGCAUCGAGGCCGGCGCAGCGCACUCUGGGCUCGGAGGAGUACAGUCUGUACAGCAGCUUGAGUGAAGAGGAACUGAUACAGAUGGCCAUCGAGCAGAGUUUGUGCGAAGGGGACACCAGCCAAUCAGAUGCCCACAGCCAGCAGAAGAAGACCAGCGCAGAACCCACCGCCGCCUUAAAAUGGUACCAGAGACCUACUCACCGCCCCCCUCCACCCGCUAACAGCCCAUUCAGGUCCAAUGCAGGACUUUACCAAGGGGUCGUCCGCAAGAGAUACGAUGGGAGCUACUUUCAGAUCAGCCAACCUGCAGAACUGAACCCCAUCGAGGAGCUGAUCAGGAAAGGAGAUGAGGAGGGCCUGAGCAAUGCCAUAAAAUCCGGGAAAAAGCUUAACCAGCCCAACAAAGAUGGAUGGAUUCCCCUGCAUGAGACGGCAUAUUAUGGAUCCUUGGGCUGCCUGAAGAUUUUACAGAAAGCAUACCCUACAACCAUCGACCAGCGCACUCUGAAUGAGGAAACAGCGCUCUAUCUUGCUGCCUUAAAGGGGCACUUGGAAUGCAUGCGUUACUUGCUGGAGUAUGGAGCGGAGCCGGAUAUUGUGAACAAGGCGAGGGAGACCCCACUGUAUAAAGCCUCUGAACGGAAGAACACCGAAGCAGUUCGGAUUCUGGUGGCCUUCAGGGCCGACGUCAACCACAGGUGUAACCAGGGCUGGACGGCGCUUCACGAGGCCGUGUCCCAGAACGCUCUGGACAUCAUAGACAUCCUGGUUAAAGGAGGGGCAAAGAUCGAAGCCAAGAACUGCUAUGGCAUCACUCCGCUGUUUGUAGCGGCACAGAGCGGGCAGCUGGACGCGUUACGUUACAUCGUGAAAUGCGGAGCCGACAUUAAUACCCAAGCGAAUGACAAUGCCAGCGCCCUGUUCGAGGCCUGUAAGAACGGGCAUAACCAUAUCGUCGAGUUCCUCCUGUCGCAAGGGACGGACGCCAAUAAACCAAACAAGGACGGAUUUUUACCCAUCCACAUCGCCUCCAAGAAGCGGGAUAAUGAUGGGAUUGUGUCGAUGCUUAUCCCGGUGACGAGCCGUACGAGGGUGAAAAGGAGUGGAAUAAGCCCCCUCCACAUUGCGGCCGAACGCAAUAACGACGACAUCUUGGAGGAACUGAUUAAUGCCGGCUAUGACGUCAACUUCACGCUCUCCUUUGAUCGUGCCAGACUGUACGAGGACAAGCGCAGCACUGCACUUUACUUCGCCGUCAUGAACAACAACAUUUACGCCGCGAGACUGCUUCUAGAAGCUGGCGCUAAUCCCAAUGUGGACAUCAUCAACCCUCUGCUCAUCUCCAUCCGGCACGGCUGCCUGAACACCAUAAAGAUGCUCCUGGAUCACGGCGCCAAUAUCAACGCCUACAUCGCCAGCCACCCCACCUCCUUCCCGGCCACCAUCAUGUUCUCAAUGAAGUAUCUCAGCUUGUUGAAGUAUCUCAUGGAUCUUGGCUGUGAUGCCGACUCCUGUUUUCAAUGUGAAUACGGAAACCGGCCGCACCCGCCUAUUGAGGACCGGAGGCACCGAGACGAUGGCCCCCAAAACAAUAAACAGCCCAAAAUUGUUCAGUUUUGCGAGAUGGUUUCCACCCCGGAGCUCAGCCGCUGGGCCGGUCCUAUAAUUGACGUCCUUCUGGAUUAUGUAGGAAAUGUGAAGCUCUGUUCGCGUUUGCAGGAACAUUUGGAUAGCUAUGCGGAUUGGGAGUGCAUCAAGAAUAAAUCAGAGCCCCCCAGGCCGCUCACUCACUUGUGCCGCCUGAAGGUUCGAACCAUGGUCGGCCGGAAUCGUCUGAAGCUCUUGGACACUUUACCUCUUCCGGGUCGGCUGAUCCGGUAUUUAAACCAUGACAACUCCUGCGAGUACUAG